AGGGACGCGUCACUUGGAAAAGGAGCUGCUUUUCCAGCGAGCUAUAACUUGUAUUAUAAAUCUGCCGUCGAGGGACACGAAGAAACUACAUCUUUCAGAAUGAAAUUGGCGGGCCCGUUGCUGUGCGUGUGCCUGGACCUCCUGCUGGUCUCUGCGCUCUGGACGGCGCAGCACUCAGCGUUCCUGUCACUCCGUCCAUGGGUCUGGCUUUGGGCUGGAGGAGUGUGCAGGGCCGUUCUGCUCCUGCUCUUCUGUGGCUCCUUCCCGGGGCUGCCCUCCUGGAUGCAGGAAGCUCGGGGGCUCCAGAGUGUAGCUGUGCUGUGCUUCCACUUCCCCCUGUACACCAGUCUGCUGUGGGCCCUGGGCCAGCCCAGUGUGGAGGAGCUGUGGAGCUGCCACUCCUGGACCAGGGUCCUGCAGGGAUACGGUGUGACCGCUCUGGCCUGGGUGUACUGGAGCCGACAUGUCUUCCCUCGGCUCCGCUCCACCUCUCGAUCCCUGCGCUCCUGGUUCAGACGAGACCCUUCUGGAAAGACCCAAAUAGACCGCCGCUUGCAAAGGCUUCUGGGAUACAUGCGUCCCUACUCCUGGAGGUUUGCCAUGGUGCUGGUAAUGGUCGUUUUCUCUUCCGCUGGUGAGAUGGCCUUUCCUCAGUACACCGGGCGAGUGGCAGAUUGGAUCAUGAACAAAGAGGCUCCAGAUGCCUUCACAGAGGCCAUCACCAACAUGGUUCUGAUGACUGUGGCCAGUGCAAUUCUGGAGUUAUUUUGUGACCUCACAUACAACGUGACCAUGAGCUACAUCCACACCUUCAUCCAGGCGGAGGUGUUCCAGGCUGUACUCAAGCAGGACAUCAGGUUCUUCCACACCACGACCACCGGGGAGCUGGUGUCGCGCAUCACCACAGACACUAACGACAUGAGUGAGGCUCUGAGUGAGAAGCUGAGCCUGCUCAUGUGGUACUCUGCGCGCUUCGUCUUCCUCCUGGCCUUCAUGGUGUGGCAGUCCUGGAAGCUCACCCUGCUCACUUGCAUGGCCCUGCCCAUCAUCUGGGUGAUCCCGGAGAUCAUCGGGGAUUUCCAACAGGCCAUUUCUACUCAAGUCCAGGAGUCAUUGGCCAAAGCGAACCAGGUCGCCACGGAGACCUUCUCCAACAUGAAGACGGUGCGCAGUUUUGCUAACGAGGAGGGGGAGACGGAGCGCUACAAGAACAGCCUGGACAAGACUUACUCCCUGAAUAAGAAGGAAGCAACAGCAUACGCAGGGAUGACCUGGGCCAACAGUCUGACCACCCUGGCUCUGAAGGUGUGUAUCCUGUACUAUGGGGGCACACUGGUGACCCGGGGGGCUGUGAGCGGGGGAGACCUGGUGUCCUUCAUCCUGUAUGAGCUGCAGUUCACCUCUGCUGUGGAGGCGGUCAUGCGGUAUUUCCCCGAGGUGAAGAAAGCCGUUGGAGCCUCAGAGAAGAUCUUUCAGUAUUUAGACAGGAUUCCUCAAAUUCCUCCGGAUGGAACGCUGGCCCCGGAAACACUGGAAAAAGAGAUCGAGUUUAAAAAUGUGAAAUUUUCAUAUUCUGACAAAAUGGAUGACAACAAUCUAGUGCUCAAGGGAGCAUCCUUUAAGAUCCUCCUGGGAAAGACCAAUGCUCUGUUGGGGCUGAACCGCUCAGGGAAGUCCACCUGUGUGAAGCUGCUGGAGAGGUUCUACCAGCCCCAGGAGGGAGUCAUCCUGCUGGACGGGCAACCACUGCAGAGCUACCGGAACCAAUACCUCCAUGAGAAGAUUGCUGUGGUGAGCCAGGACUGCCUGCUUUUUGCUCGCUCAGUGGACGAGAACAUCAGGUAUGGGUUUGAGAAAGCCUCAGAGGAGGACAUGAAGAGAGCGGCGGAGCUGGCCUGUGCUCAUGACUUCAUCACUGACCUGCUCUCAGAUGGAUAUAACACAGAUGCUGGAGAGAGGGGAGGGCAGGUGUCAGGGGGGCAGAAGCAGAGGAUUGCCAUUGCGAGAGCACUCAUCAGACAGCCUCAGAUCCUCAUUUUAGACAACGCCACAAGCGACCUGGACGCAGAGACCGAGAAGAAGGUUUAUGAGGCCGUGUUGCGUCUGCCCAACCACUGCACCGUGCUGCUCAUCUCUAAUAAGAUGGAUAUAGGACAGAGCGCAGACCACAUCGUGUACCUCCACGAGGGAGCAGUGUCAGAGGAGGGCAGCCAUGACAAGCUGAUGGAGCUAAAGGGACACUAUGCCAGGCUGGUGGACCAGCAGAACGCAGGCUUCCACAGACGGACAGAGCACAGCUGAGACCAGCCACUGUCUGCAUUUAAACUGGACAAUGUGAGGGGUUUUUGUUUGUAUGAAGCUAUUAGAAUAGAAUUUUGCCUCUGUGUAAGUAGAGAAAAAUAAAUAUCUCUUUUGCUCCUUACCAACCGCAAGAGGAAAACCAAUUCAGGUGGGAGUAAACACCUAGGGGGGUCUGAAUGUUUAGGGAACAGUGUGAUUGGUCUAAUACUGUGUUCAGACCGCGGUGCCAAAAUUGCACCAAACGCCUCUAGUUGGAUGUGUUUGCAUGUGAUGACGCCCACUUGAUUGUGAUCAGAAACACCUGGCUGUAAUCAGGGCAGUCAUGUGUGAUGUCACUAUCUACUGAAAAUUGCAGAGGCCACUGAAGGCAGCACAAAUUUAAAUUUGAAGUUGACAAAAUAUGCACAGCCUACACCUUGGGUCUUGUCUGGUGUGGUAGAUCUGGUAGAUCCUCUAUUGCUCUAGUUCUCAAGGCCUGGUCCUGUGCAGCCGGAUGAGCCUCUGUCCUUCAGACCAGCUCUCUAAAGCCACGGUAGGAUUUCUUAAUAUCAGCCACUUCAGUUAUGUUCCGGUGAUAAAUCUCAUGCAGGGGCUUGUCCUUCCAUGAUUGUUCCUCCAGCACCUCUUCCUCUGCACUCCACUGUCUGAAACAUUCGCUGAGCACACACACACACACACUGGAUUUAGUGUUUAAUACCUAUUGUAUGAUGUAAAUAUUUAAAUUAGCAUUGAGAUUUCUUUUUUUUCACUUUUUAGAAAACUAAAUAAAUAAAACUUAAUCAUUAUAAUAUUGAGGAUCAGACACUAGAAUAUUAUGUACAAUUUAUUACAUAAAAAAUGUAUUUUCAAGAAAAUCUACUUGAAAUAUUAUUGGAGACUAUACUUUUUGAGGGCUUUCAAAUUCUUGACAUUUUCUUGUGAAAGACUGAGUUUGUCUGUUGCCUAUAACAUUAAUAAAUAAAUCUUCUACUU